AAAAAAAGAAUGCGACGGGACUCACUCACUCGACCUCCCAUCCAAAGGGACCUCUUGAACGGCAGCAAUUUAGCCGCCCGAAGCCUCGUCCAGGCAAUUCCUUUCUCCAACAACUUCAAGCCUCGUGUCGCGUCGUGUCGCACGAGCUGGACAGUCCUCUUCACUCAUCGAUAGAAGAUGGCAACGGACGCUCCACCAAAGACAUCGACCUUGACCUCCGACAGCCAGGGAUAUACCCGUCUGCACAUCACACCUCUCGAUUCGCUUCUCUUGAAGGUUGUCAUACCUGCCGCCGUCCUGCCGCAAGCCCGCAACAUCUCUUACCACACCCUCGACACCUUCCCCGAGAAGCGCUACGGCUUCGUCGAGCUGCCAACUGCAGACGCGGACAAGCUGCGCAAGAAGCUGAACGGCGCCACCUUGAGGGGCACCAAGGUCCGCAUUGAGCAGGCACGCCCCGAGUCCAGACCAGAGCCCACUGCCACCAUGGCCGACGCGGUCAAGAAGCCCAAGAAGGAGAAGAAGACCAAGGACCAGCACAAGCAGGACAAGAAGGACGAGUCCAAGAAACGGAAAUAUGACACCAGCAUUGUAGACGGCGUCGUCAUCGAGGACCGCAAGAUCAAACGAGGCUGGACCGUCACCGAGAGCGACAAGAUCCACGAAAAGCGCAGGGAGAAGACCAGGAGCAAGGACAAGGACGGCAAGAAGGAGAAGCUCAAGAAGCGGGAGAUCAAGUCCAAGUACACCGAUGCCCCCGAAUGUCUGUUCAAGCAGAAGCUGCCUCAAGUCCCCAACGAGCCACCCGCCACGAAAAAGGACGACGACGACGACGGCCAAGAUGCGCCCAAGCGCAAGAAGAGAAAGGCGGACCGUCAGGUUCUCGUCCAUGAGUUCGAAAAGGCACACAAGUUCCCCACCUUCCUGAAGACGACCAAUGUGUCGACCUCUUCGGAACCUCUGACUUUCGAAGAGGGAAGGGGAUGGAUAGACGCCCAAGGUAACGUCGUCGAACCCGCCAAGAGCAAGAGGCCUACAUUUGCCGAAUCCACAUCUUCCAAGAACAAGAAGAAACCUCCCAAGCCCGUGGUUGAUGACGAUACCACCAGCAGCAGUGGUUCCUCUUCAGAAAGCGAAUCUGAGGAAGAGUCGACAGCCGUGCGACCUUCAGCCAAGCAAGAAGCCAAGAAACCAAUCGCCACGCAGCCAGAUGACGAUGCCACGAGCAGUAGUGGUUCGUCGUCCGACGAGGAGGGGAAAGAAGAAGAAGAAAAAGAAGGAGAAGAAGAGAAAUCGACACCAAAUCCCGUCUCGGCAGCCAAGAUUGAUUCAGCACGACCCAAAUCAUCCAGUUCGACAACAAGUCUUACCAUCAAGAUUCCUCCCGUAACCCCUGCGGCCGACAAAGUGCAUCCCCUUGAGGCCCUGUACAAACGACCUGCUGGCACCGAAGCUGCACCCGACGCUGGCUUCAGCUUCUUCGGAAACGCCGAUGACCUCGAGGAUGAAGCUUAUACUGCGCCCUCUGGGAGCCAGAACCCGAUGACACCCUAUAGCAAGCAGGACUUUGAUUUCAGGAACAUCCGCAGUGCGGCGCCUACACCCGACACGGCACACCCGAGUCGCUCACAAUCCGCAUGGCCCGGCUUUGAAGUGGAUGCCGUCGAGGAAGAAGACGCCGAGCAAGACGAGACAGGCGAGGAUACUAUCAUGGCUAAUGUCGCUGAUAUCAAGGCCGCUGAGAAGGCCGAGGCGAAGAGCGAGUUCCAGAAUUGGUUCUGGGAGCAUCGAGGCGAUCUCAACCGAUCAUGGAAGAAGCGCAGGAAGACCGCCAGCAAGGAGAAGAGGAACAGGGAGAACCGCGCCAGAGCUGCGAAGGCUAUCUAG